AUGCUAGUCGUUGGCUUGCUGGCGCUGGCCGCCACAUGCAGCGCACGCCCUCAAGGAGAUGUGGAGAUCCUCGAGUCCGAAGUGGAUAACAUUGGUAUUGGUGGCUACAAGUUUAGCUACAAGCUGAGCGAUGGCACUACGAGAACGGAGGAGGCUGUCGUCAACAACGCUGGCACCGAGAACGAGUCGCUUUCCGUACGGGGUUCCAUCUCCUGGGUUGCGCCUGAUGGCCAGACCUAUACCAUCAACUUUGUAGCCGAUGAGAAUGGCUUCCAGCCAGAGGGCGCGCACAUUCCUAAGUGAGGCGAA